CACUCGGGCUGCACCUCCGGUUGCGGCGCACACGUCUUGUGCGCCUCCUCCUUGCCCACCUCAGCGGUCGGCUGGUUGGGUGGCUUCUUUUGCAGCCGUCACCAGGAACGGGAGGCAGCCUUGCGCUGCUCUUUAGGGGCACCAUGCCCAACGACGACGCAUUUGGCAAGCCCUCCGCCCCGUCGGAGGCCCCCCACGCCCCCGGGGCACCGCCGCAGGGCAAAGCCGGAGGCUUCAGCAAAGCGGCCGGGGCACUGUUAGGGGGAGCUGGGGGCAGCGGAGGCGGCUCCGGCUCCGGCUCCGGGGCGUCGGGCCUGGGCGCCGUGAGCAAGAAGUCGCCGCGGCUGCCCAAGUGCGCUCGCUGCAGGAACCACGGCUACGCAUCGCCGCUCAAGGGGCACAAGCGCUUCUGCAUGUGGCGGGACUGCCAGUGCAAGAAGUGCAACCUGAUCGCCGAGAGGCAGCGCGUGAUGGCCGCGCAGGUGGCUCUGAGAAGGCAGCAGGCACAAGAGGAGGAAUUGGGCAUCAGCCACCCCAUCCCACUGCCCAGUGCGGCCGAGCUGCUGGUCAAGAGAGAGAGCAAUGGUGGCAACCAGUGCCUCAUGACCGAGGGCAGUGGCUCCUCGCAGCCUCCACCGGCCAGCACUCCCACCACUGUGGCCUCAGAGGGACGCAUGGUCAUCCAGGAUAUUCCUGCUGUCACCAGCAGAGGGCACGUGGAGAACGCACCUGACCUGGUGUCCGACUCCACUUACUACAGCAGCUUUUACCAGCCGUCUCUGUUCCCAUAUUACAACAAUCUGUACAACUACCCGCAGUACUCCAUGGCCUUGUCUGCUGAUUCCUCUUCUGGGGAUGUGGGAAGUCCCCUUGGGGGAUCCCCUGUGAAGAACAGCCUUCGGAGCCUUCCAGCACCCUAUGUGCCUGGUCAGGCAGGAAACCAGUGGCAGAUGAAAAACUCGGAGAACCGUCAUGCAGUGAGCUCCCAGUACAGGAUGCAUUCCUACUACGGGCCUCCCUCCUACCUGGGCCAGAGCGUGUCCCAGAUCUUCACUUUUGAGGAUGGUCCUUCCUACUCGGAAGCCAAAGCGAGUG